AACAAAGUAAAGACAAGAUGGCUACUGAAUUGACCGUUCAAUCUGAAAGAGCUUUCCAAAAGCAACCUCACAUCUUCACCAACCCAAAGGCCAAGGCCAACAGAAGAACCAAGAGAUGGUUUAAGGAUGUUGGUUUGGGAUUCAAGACCCCAAAGGCUGCUAUUGAAGGUACCUACAUUGACAAGAAGUGUCCAUUCGUUGGUGACGUCUCUAUCAGAGGUAAGAUUUUGACCGGUACCGUUGUCUCCACCAAGAUGCACAGAACUAUCGUCAUCAGAAGAGAAUACUUGCACUACGUCCCAAAAUACAACAGAUACGAAAAGAGACACAAGAACUUGUCCGCUCACGUUUCCCCAGCUUUCCGUGUUGUUGAAGGUGAUGUUGUUAUUGUUGGUCAAUGUAGACCAAUCUCCAAGACUGUUAGAUUCAACGUCUUGAAGGUUGCUGUUUCUUCUUCCAAGGCCAAGCAAUUCACUAAGUUUUAAAUAACUUUAUAAGAAUGUAUUUAAAAUGAAAAUAGUCUUUACAUGUUAUUACUAGUGCUUUAAUGUUAUAUUAGUUAUAUAAA